UCUACACUCAUCCAUUGAUCAUGCGUCCCACAAUAUCGCCUUUGGAAACGAGGCGUCCGAUAAGCUUACUGUCGAUUUCGUAGACUGGCUUUGAUCUGCGGUGCCAAUGUAGGCCUGGAAGCGAUCAAGAAGUCGACCAACGGGCCUAUCCCAGCCAAGAGUCCGACAGCAGAUCGAAGACCGCGAAUAUCAACGCACAUCAUUCGAUAUGCAACAGCCGAUCGCGAGACAAUCGAGACGACACAAGGCCAGAAUCACACGGCAAUGCAAUGAUAUAAAAAGCAUACACAGGCUUCCUCAUCCGGCAGAAGAUAUUCCAAGUAGAUAAGCAAUAGAUGAGAAGGAGACCUAUUUCUGAGUCUUGCCACAUGCAUGAGAUACGUCCACGUACCGGAGAUCGUGGACGCAUUGGAGAUCCCAAUUGCAGGCGGAAAUGCCCAAGGUCGGUGGCAACAUUCUAACCAUAAGAGGAGCGAAUUACACAGACUACUGGCUGGAUCUGGCACCGUGUUAUGGUCAACAAUCAAAAUCGACUCUUCUUUCCUUUAUGGUCGCAAGGGAGGACUUUAGAGUCUACACACUCCACCAUGACUUUCAGACACAUUCUGCCGACUCGACACCAGAGCUGCACGAGGCUGCACUGACUCUGCAGCAACGGUUCAACGUAAACCAUUGGCUUGUCUGUUCCUCUAGCGCUAUGCAAGUCCGUACCAAUGCCUACCUAUGGUUAGGUACCUUACUACUAAGGACUCGGAUUAUGUAUGGAUAUAUGGAUCACCUUACCGAAAAGAAUCACAGGCUAUUUUAUUCCAGUUCUAUUUCUGAACGAAUGGAACAAGGCUCAGGGGCUAAGGUAAUGCCAUCUAUGGAGUACAAAGGACUAUCCCCAAAAACUAGAGGCAACAAUCACUUCCCCCGUGGAAGGAUUCGCUUAACUCAAAUUACGAAUGCAAGCUGGAACACGCUCAUCUAUUUCGAUAUUGAAUUUAGCCCCAAAAUUAGAGUAGCACUGCCCACUGGUCAAAAGCUAAAAGUAGUUGGUCACAGUGAGAACUGCGAACAACCAUACAGUGCAUACACUCUUACCAAGUCGCUAAGUGGGAUAUAUCCUCUCGGUCAGCUGUGCCUGGAUUUAGACUCCACUUGCCGCUUCCCAUAA